AUGGGGGCAGUUCAGUCUCAGCACCUGAAGGACAGCAACGCCCGCUUGCUUUGGGGUGCAUGCGCAGUUGCUGCUGCUGCUGCUGUUUUCUACUUCACCAGCAGCAGCAGCAGCAGCAGCAGCAGCAGCAGCACGGACUGCUCUGACGAGCAGCUCAUUCAGCUCCUGCGAACCAUCACUCAGGAGUUCCACAAAGUCUUCGCUGAGGCAGCACAGAUGACGUCUAACUUGCUGUCGAGCCUCAACGCCAAAGGCAGGGGCCGGGGAGGCCCUCAAGCCCUUCGGGAGACGGUAACCCUUGCCCUCUGA